AUGUCUGAAGACCCUUCAUCAGCUAAAAGAAGAAAAAUCGACGAUAUCGAAGAAGAAGAAGAAGACGUCAUCGUCCAGGACGACGCGAUAGUCGAGUUUCCAGAGGAGCCAGAAGACGAAUCGUCACCAAUCGUAGCAGAAGAGUCCGGACCACUGGAAAUGCCAAAGAGGCAUGAGGAGCCAGCCGAACCGGAUGUUGAUAUCGUUGGAGACGUGGAUGAGGAGGAGCCAGAGCAUCUGCUACACCCAGAAGACGAUGAGCUCAUCCCAGACGAGAGUUCAUCCGACGAAUUGAUGCGUACACCGACGAAGAAGCGUUUCUCAUCACGCGUUCCCGAGCAGGAUCAUGCGAAUUCCGAUGGCGAACGCGUCUUCUCGAAUUUUCCGUGUCAAGUGAUUCCAGAAACUCUGGGCAGAAUGACCCGGACGCCUCCAGAAGGCGAGAAUCUGAUUGUCUACAAAAAUGCGAACGGACGUCUUCGAAUCUUCGUCGAGGGUAACGGAAAAUCGUAUUCCGUCUACAGUAACCUGACCCAUAAACCGUGUACGGUGUGCAAUCGAAUCAUGAAAAUCGGCGAGAUGCAUUUGAAUUUCCCGGCUGAUUUAGAUCGCCGGAGAAUUUGGGCGAAUUUGUUGGGAUUCAAGUAUAAGGACAUUCUGCGCAGUAAGAUGGGGCCUGUAUCGUUCUCCAUUGCGGCUGGGCCAAUUUGUACGGAACACUUUGCAGAGGAGUGCUUUCGAAAUCAUAAUUUCAAUAAAUCUGCGAUUGAGGCGUUCGGCGUGCCGGUGGCGAUAUCACCAGAUGUUAAGACGACUCCCAGCAAGAAGAGAGUUCCAUGGGUGUGUACGAUUUGUGAUUUCCACUCGUGCAGUGUCGUCGAACUACAAACCCAUUUGUUGGACCACACCGAGGAGAUGUUGAAGAAAAAGGACAGUUUGGUUGAUGUACCCGAAGCCGGUUUCAUGUGUCCAUUCUGUCGAAAAUGUACGUAUGGGUACAAGACGAUUUCCGGAUACCGACGUCAUCUGAACGCCGGACCCAUACACCACUGCCACUUGCGUAGGAUCUACGAAUUCGCGAAAAUGAACUGCCGAGCUACAGAACUGGAUCCAGUGGAUUCCUGGGACAACUGGACGAGAAGGAAUGUCUACGUGGCUUACCAUGGAUGUGAACCUCCAGCCAAUGAGAUCGUACUAACACCAUCGCCAACGAAGAAGGCGUACACUCAGAAUCCGGAAGAGAGGACGAGAAUGGUUCAUGACGCGGAGAGACGGAAGAAGGCGGUGCGGAGUUUGUCGUUUGUAGGGAAGGAAGGGGGAACGAGUGUAAACGAUCAUAACGUGAUGCAACGGCAAGUCUAUCUCCAAAUUCGACGAGAGUUGGAGCAUGCGAAGAAGACGGAGGCGUUGUCGGAGGCAGGGCUGGCUAGUGGAGAUUUGAGAAGACGUGUUAUUGGAGGAAUGGGAAGAGCAGAAGGAGGAGGUGGAGAGGAUAAUUGGCUUGAGUCGAUGGGAAUGGAAGAGGAGCAAAUCGAGGAAGAGUGA